AGAGAAACAAACGGUGUUCCGGUUCCUGGGCGCCAAGCCAAUGCCAAGCACCAAUCAAAUGAUUCUGUGCAAUCUCGGCUGCACAAGAGCAGCUCCACUCCGCGUGGCUUGCUCAGCAGGACAUUUUCGCAGGGAGAAGACCCGGAAUGAAGGGAACAGAAUGUGGAACGUAACACGGUGUUGUUUCUGCAGCUGUCGGGAAUUUCCAAGGGGAAAGGUGCGAUAAAUGUUUGCUUUUUCGACUGCCGACUUCCAACUUCUUCAAUUCCCGAAGCUCUGGUUGCCAUAACCAGCACGCACGCGCGCACCUUGUCGGGGGUUCAAUUCGGCCAAUUCCGACGGAUUCUACUCUUCAAGGCAUGAGGAAUGCCAUCAACAACAGAGAUAUCAGCCCUCGGGGUCGGUGUGCUGGGUGUUCUGCUCGUGUUGGGAUGCAGCGGCCCCGCGUUCGGGGAAAUUCUGCGUCAAUUGCGACUGUUGAACGGAUACCGUGCGAUUCGACUACAUGAUUCGGUUUCAGAGUCAUAUUCAGACCCACAUUUACCAUGCGAGACCGGAUAUGCAGACGAAGAUGGCGACGCAAACGAGCGGUCGAUCGCUGAGUUCGAGCGCGCGACGUGGUGGCAGCGGUGGGUUAUUGCGGUGCUUUCCGUGACUGGAUUUGGGGUUUCACUGGCCCAGGCUGUUGUUGGUACAUGCUCCCAAGGAGGAUGGUUCGCGGUCUUCUCAUGGGAAUACUUGGCGAGUUGGGUGGUGUUGUGCAUACAACCAAUCUCCCUCUUUACCGAGGCAUCUUGCGUCAAGAGGUACUAUCUCGGAAUACACGGGUUCUGGGCGAGUCUGAUCUCAAUCCUGGUCAUUGGCAUUCAAGCCGCCGUCCUCUGGAGUGCAGGGAAACCCCUUCCGACUAAUCCCACAUGCACCAUUCUCCUCUCCACGCAACUCGCCCUGUAUACCCUCCGAGGCCUAAGCUGCCUCCUCCUCCCGCGCCGCCCACACGUCUUCUUCGAAGGCCAAGUCGUCGACCAGGAAUUCAGCUCCAGCGCCUACAAUCGCUUCACCUACGGCUGGGCAACGACACUCCUGCGCUACGCGUCAGCAAACAAAGGUCUGACCAUCAACGACCUCCCAAAACUGCCCUUUGCCGCGCGCGCAGAGACAGUCCACCUCCGACUCGAAGGGUUCCUCGGUGGCCGAAAGCUCUGGGUUGCGCUUGUGCGACGACACAUGCGGGCGUUGAUCGUGCAGGGACUGCUGAGUCUCGUUGUGUGUGUACUCGGGUUCGGACCGCAGGUGGCGCUGUAUAAGAUUCUGACGACGCUGGAGGCGCGUGAGGUGUUGAGUGGGGAUUCGGUCGAGGCGUGGGUGUGGGUUUGUGGAUUGGGAGUUCUCCUUGCGCUGUCCUCGAGUAUUGAGUCGUGGCUCUGGUGGUUGAUUUAUUCCGAUCUCUGGGUUCCGAUUUACGAGGGGCUGUCUGGACUGGUGUUUGCCAAGGCGAUGCGCUGUAAGGAUGUUAAGGCUGCGAAAAGUGAGAGGAGGGAUGAAGAAGGCGAGGGUUGGCAGGGGGAAGAUGACAUGGAAGUCGAGGACCCCGAGGAGGUCGAAGAGCAGGAGAAGAAUCGCCAGAGUAUUGUCAACUUGGCAGCCGUCGACUCGAAACGUAUCGCGGAUUUCGUGACCUUCAGCUACCUGAUUCCGUCCUGCGUGAUACGACUCGGCAUUGCGGCGAUCUUUCUUGCUCGACUCAUCGGCUGGCCCAGUCUCCUUGCUGGGAUCGGAGGCGCCAUUCUACUCACCCCGUUGAAUUCCUGGCUUACGAAGCGCUACGCCGUGGCACAAGAAGAACUGAUGAAAGCAAGCGACAAGCGCGCUGGAGCCGUGACCGAAGUGCUACAGGGAAUCCGCCAGAUCAAAUUUGGCGCGAUGGAACAGCAGUGGCAGGAGCGGGUCAAGGAGAAACGAGAGGCUGAGCUGAGUUUCUUGUGGAAGACCUCGGUGUAUACGACGGGAAUGGUUUCGGUGUGGAUAAUGGGUCCUUUAUUGCUUUCUGCUGUGUCCCUGACGGUGUACGCGCUGACACACGGUAACCUCUCUCCUUCUGUCGCGUUUACAGCACUGUCUAUCUUUGGCUCGUUGGAGUCUUCACUAGCCAGUCUACCAGAUCUCUUCUCCAAGGCGAUGGAGGCAAAGGUCAGCGCAGACCGCAUCCACGACUACCUGCAGUCCGCAGAGAAGAUCUCAAACGCCGCAGACGUCGACAAAAUCACCUUCACCGAUGCAACUGUCGCCUGGCCAUCCGACGAAGAAGAGGAGGACAAAGGCUGGGAGUGCGACCGCUUCCUCCUGCGACAUCUGGCCCUGCAGUUUCCUCCAAAGGGGCUGAGCGUGAUUGUCGGCAAGACCGGCUCAGGGAAGAGUCUCCUCCUCGCCUCAAUCCUGGGCGAAUGCGACGUCCUUGCGGGAUCACUCGCCGUCCCUCGCCCUCCGCCCCCGGACCGUUUCGACCACCUGGCCACACGCGUGAACUGGAUUCUCGACACCGCUGUCGCCUACGUGUCCCAGAAUCCGUGGAUGGAGAACGCCUCGAUAAAACAGAACAUUCUAUUCGGACUGCCGUACGACCGACAGCGAUACCGCAAGACGCUCUUCGCUUCGGGACUCGAGAAAGACAUGGCGAUCCUUACAGAUGGGGACCUGACAGAUAUUGGUGCCAAUGGUAUAAACCUAAGCGGCGGACAACGAUGGAGAAUCUCCUUUGCAAGAGGACUGUAUUCACGUGCGGGAAUUUUGAUCAUGGAUGAUAUAUUCAGUGCGCUUGAUGCGGAGACGGGGAGGCAUGUCUAUGAGCAUGCACUUACUGGGGAGCUUGGGCGAGGGAGGACCAGGAUCCUUGCUACGCACCAUGUUGGGCUGUGUCUUCCAAAGACCGACUACUGCGUUCUUCUCCAGAAUGGGUUCGCGAGUGCGGGGACAGUAGAGGAGCUGCAGGCGACAGGAAGUCUGACAGAUUUCAUGGGCAAGAUUGAGGCGAGCCGGGAGGAAAGUGAGCCGGUCAAAGACCUGCCCAAGAGGAAGCGCUCUUCGGUGGCGAGUGGGAGACGCUCGUCUGCGUUUAGCAUGCACACGAUCCGCAAGUUUAUGCAGGAGGAGAAGCGCGAGACUGGGUCCAUCUCGAUGAAGGUGUACACCACGUAUUUCAACAAGGGGAAUGGGCUAUGGUGUUGGAUUCUUGCCUUCAUUGCAUACGCAGCGUUUAUGGCGCUCUUGGUUGGUCGAUCAUGGUGGGUGAGCGUGUGGACAUCAUCUGGCUCGAAUCAUGCCCGGUCGACAACUAUGCAACCUGUAAUGAGCGAUGAUGAACCCGCUCCAACGCACGACCUGACCUACUACCUCGCCAUCUACAUCGGCAUCUCCGCCGCCGCCUGCCUAAUUGGCACCCUGCGCUGUCUCGCCCUCGCCCUCGCCUUCAUCGAAUCAUCCCGCCACCUCUUCGACGACCUCCUGGCCACCGUCCUCCGCGCGCCCCUCCGCUGGCUCGACACUGUCCCCCUCGGCCGCAUCCUCAACCGUUUCACCUCUGAUAUCUACCUCCUCGACUGGCGCCUGGGCUAUGACGUCGGGCACCUCGUCUACAAAGCCCUCGAACUGCUCGGCAUCCUCGUCGCGGGCGUGACCGUUUCCCCUCUUCUUCUAGUCUUGGCAUGCGCCCUUCUAGUCCUCUGCAUCCGAAUUUGCUCAGACUACCUCGCGGGGGUCCGCGAGAUCAAGCGUCUCGAAAGCAAUGCGAAGAGUCCCGUAAUCGAGAAAUUCAACUCGAGCCUCGCGGGUCUCGCGACCAUUCGAGCAUUCCACAAGACGCAAACCUAUCUCCAACAAAUGUACGCACUCAUCAACACACACGCACAAGCAUCAUGGUACCUGUGGCUCUUCAACCGCUGGCUGGGCUUUUGGAUGGCGCUCGUCGGUGCGCUGUUCUCAACGCUUACUGCCGCGCUGGUGGUAUACAUGCCGGGUGUUUCUGCCGCACUGGCUGGCUUCGCAAUGAGCUUCGCGCUGCAGUAUAACUACGCUGUUGCCAUGGGAUUGCGCUUCUACGCGAACGUCGAGAUCGAUAUGAACGCCACCGAACGCGUUCUCGAGUACACAAACAUCACCACGGAGACCCAAGGCGGCUACAACCCCCCUGCGGGCUGGCCCACAAAGGGGAGAAUUGAAGUCGAAGACCUCGAGGUCGCAUACGCACCGGACCUUCCGCCCGUAUUGAAGGAAGUGACCUUUACAGUUGAGAAUAACCAGCGCGUUGGCGUCGUCGGACGGACAGGCGCGGGAAAGUCAUCGCUGACACUUGCGCUCUUCCGGUUCCUUGAGUCGAGACGCGGCCGCAUCCUCAUCGAUGGACUUGAUAUAUCGAUGCUGAAACUGCAUGAGCUUCGGAGUCGACUGGCCAUUAUUCCGCAGGACCCGGUAUUGUUCUCUGGGACGGUGCGCUCGAAUCUCGAUCCGUUCAACCAGCAUUCGGAUCUAGAGUUGUAUAACGCGCUCGAGCGCGUGCACCUUCUUCACUUUGAGGAUACAUCUACCCUCGCCUCUUCCUCAGCCACAACAUCAGGCUCGCAAACCCCGCCGCAGACAGACCCUCUAAGCACAAGCACAACACUCACCACAUCCUCCACAACCACCACCACAACCACAGCCCCCGCCCGCAAAUCCCACCUAAUAACAGGCCCCUUCACCCUCUCAACCCCCAUAACAACCGCCGGAAGCAACCUCUCGCAAGGCCAACGGCAACUCCUCUCGCUCGCGCGCGCAAUCCUCACACAUCCAAAGAUCAUGGUCCUCGACGAAGCAACGUCCGCCGUGGACAUGGAAACCGAUGCGCUGAUCCAGCAGUCCAUCCGUGAGGAGUUUGGGCGCGGGGACUCGAGUCUGCUUGUUAUUGCGCAUCGACUGAGCACGAUUGCGGACUUUGAUAAGAUCUUAGUCAUGGAUGAGGGCCGGGUUGUGGAGUUUGGGAGUCCGAGGGAAUUGAUGGAGGUACGCAAUGGCGUUUUUAGGAAUUUGGUCGAGAGGAGUGGGGAGAGGGCGGUUGUUGAACGGAUGAUUUUCGGGGGAGAAAACUGAUUUGGGGUUCUUCAUAUUUCGAUUAAUCCUAUUGAGCAGUGAGAUGCAGAAGAGGACUAAGAGUGAUUUGUUCGAGUUAGCGGGAGUUUGUUUGUCUUUUGGGUGGGAGGUAAUAUAUCGCCAUCUUGUUUUGUACGUUGUAUACUGAACUGCUGCAUGAAACGCGGCCAUAUUGCGCAAUUCAUACAGAAGCUGCUAUAUCGCAGAGAGA